AUGCAGGGAAAGAACUUCACAGAACUGACAGAAUUCAUCUUCCUGGGAUUUUCUAGCUUUGGAAAGCAUCAGAUAACCCUCUUUGUGGUUUUCCUAACUGUCUACAUUUUAACUCUGGUUGCUAACAUCAUCAUUGUGACUAUCAUAUGCAUUGACCAUCAUCUCCACACUCCCAUGUAUUUCUUCCUAAGCAUGCUGGCUAGUUCAGAGAUGGUUUACACACUGGUCAUUGUGCCACGAAUGCUUUUGAGCCUCAUUUUUCAUAACCAACCUAUCUCCUUGGCAGGCUGUGCUACACAAAUGUUCUUUUUUGUUAUCUUGGCCACUAAUAAUUGCUUCCUGCUUACUGCAAUGGGGUAUGACCGCUAUGUGGCCAUCUGCAGACCCCUGAGGUACACUGUCAUCAUGAGCAACGGACUAUGUGCCCAGCUGGUGUGUGGGUCCUUUGGCAUUGGUCUGACUAAGGCAGUUUUCCAUGUGACAGCCAUGUUCAAUUUGCCAUUCUGUGGCACAGUGGUAGAACACUUCUUUUGUGACAUUUACCCAGUCAUGAAACUUUCUUGCAUUGAUACCACUAUCAAUGAGAUAAUAAAUUAUGGUGUAAGUUCAUUUGUGAUUUUUGUGCCCAUAGGCCUGAUAUUUAUCUCCUAUGUCCUUGUCAUCUCUUCCAUCCUUCAAAUUGCCUCAGCUGAGGGCUGGAAGAAGACCUUUGCCACCUGUGCCUCCCACCUCACUGUGGUUAUUGUCCACUGUGGCUGUGCCUCCAUUGCCUACCUCAAGCCGAAGUCAGAAAGUUCAAAAGAAAAAGACCUUGUUCUCUCAGUGACGUACACCAUCAUCACUCCCCUGCUGAACCCUGUUGUUUACAGUCUGAGAAACAAGGAGGUAAAGGAUGCCCUAUGCAGAGUUGUGGGCAGAAAUAUUUCUUAA